AUGGCUUCCAACGAGCAAGUGAAUGUCUCCUCCCAGGAUGAGGUUGGGGAAGCUGAACAGGAGGUGCAAGAAGCUGGACAGGAAGUGAAGGAAGCUGGACAAGAGAAUGUCUUGAGAAGAGUGGCCAACAUGCCUUUGGUCAGCUCCACGUAUGACAUGGCUGCUACAGCUUACAGCUCUACCAAGGAUAGCCACCCCUAUGUGAAAUCCAUCUUGGAUGUUGCUGAGAAAGGAGUGAAGACCAUAACAGAGGUGGCAGUCAACACAGCUCAGCCUAUCCUGAAUAAGCUUGAACCCCAGAUUGCAACAGCAAAUGAGUAUGCUUCUAGAGGUCUGGAUACUCUGGAGGAGAAGCUGCCAAUUCUACAUUUGACAGCAGAUGAGAUUGCGUCCAAUACAAAGGAGAUGGUGUCCAGUGCCAAGGAGGCUAUUGCCAACAAGAUAUCUGGAGUUGUAGACAUGACCAAAGAUGCUGUGCAGACUGGCAUGGAUGCAACCAGGUCUGCUAUCGGCCACAGUGUGUCCACUGUGGUGGAAUCCAGAGUGGGCCAGAUUGCUGUGAGUGGGGCUGACGCAAUACUGGACAGUGCCGAAGAACUGAUUGAUGACUACCUUCCCAUGACUGAAGAAGAACUGGCUGAGCUUGCAAGAGCUGUAAGUAACGGGGAUCUUGUGGCGAUGCAGCACAAUGAACGAGAAGAGUAUUUGGUGCGCUUGGGCUCCCUCUCAGCCAAAUUCCGCAACAGGGCCUACCGCCAUUCUGUAGACAAGCUGAAACGAACCAGGCAAAGGAUCCAGAGCACUCUGGCCCAGAUUGAGCAAACUAUACGUCUGAUUGAAUAUAUGAAGAAUGAAGCUGGACAGAAGCUUAAUGAGCACCAGGAGAAGCUUCGCCAGAUGGUGUUACAGUGGAGCAAGGGUUCCUCGGAUGAUAAGGUAGAAGCGUGUGUCUGCGUGGAGGUAGACCUCCGUGCUAUCACAAUGUUCCAGAACAUGAUCCAACAGCUGCAGACCACUUUCCAGACAUUGACGUCUAGCAUACAAGGAUUUCCUUCCAGCUUGCAAGACAAGAUGCAUCAAAUCCGUGAAAACACCAAAGAACUCCAUGCUUCCUUAUCAAAUGCUGGCUCCUUCCAGGAACUCUCCAACACCAUCUUGGCCCAAAGCUAUCGGACAGUGCAAAAAGCUCAAGAAUAUAUGGAAGAGCUGCGGGAAUACAUAACCCAUCACACACCCCUCUCUUGGCUUGUGGGACCUUUCAUUCGGUUGCCCAAGCCACCUACUGAAGGAGACCAAAGAGUGAGGCAAGAUCAGUUGUAGUAAUAUUGCUAUUGCUGCAGAGGGCAGGACUGUACUGGAUUAUAUAUAUAAUGAGAGGCAAAUUCACUUGAUGUAAAUUGUGGGUGACAGGCUGCCCAGGAGUCACUUCAAAAUAGACAUUACACUCAUCCCAAACCCCCACAUAUUUUAAAAUGGCAAAAUCCUGCUAUGACCUGUUAAUGUGGAAGUGAUGGUAAUUAAUUAUUUUGUCAAGAACUAGUGAUAUUAUUGGGAGCACUACAUUUAUAGAUCGGUGGGUGGGAAGGGUGUUUGUGUGUGGAGAGAAACUGCCUGGGGGAAACUUACAUUGUGAGACUUUCCAAAACACACAUUUUAAAAUGGAGUCCUGAUAUGACCCAAAGCAUAGUACUAUGUCUAGUAAUGAAGUGAUGGAAGUGACUAGCCUUAUCAAGAACUAGUGAUAUUAUUUUGGGUUUAUGGGCUGGUGGAAAGUGGCAUGAGGACAGAUUUUUUUUUCUGGGAAAGUGUUGAAAGUGUAUUCAAAUAAAGACAGCUUUGUAAGG